AUAUAUAUAUAUAUAACAGCCUAGAGCUCUUCAAGAAACGCCUUUGAAAUAAGCAUUAUAUAUCCGCUGCCUGCAUCGUUUGGUAUCUUUAUUACGCGCUUUGCAUGAAGUGCAUGGCGAGAAUACAUUACGGUCUGGUCAUGCCUGUCCGUCUUCUGUCUAUUCGAUUCAACUCGAGAACCACUCUACAGAUCUGGAUGAAAUUUGAUGUGGUGGCCGUGUUGUUCCGCACAGCCUCAAUAUACUGUUUUGAAUAUCCUAAGAGCAGUGAUAAUAACAUUACGGAGGAUAAAAUUCGUGAGGUAUAUACAAAGAAUCUGCGAUCUGGUAGCCAAAAUGGGAACUAUCGAACAAGGCUGAUUUAAUAACUUUAAAUGCAAGUUGUAAGGAACGCAUGACAAUAUUACAUGUAUUAUGGCAAGAAAUAUACUUCCCAAUCUUGUUAUUGGCUAGCCUCACUAUCCAGUUUAUCCAGUCUAUAAUAUGUACAAUUUUUACUUACUGAUAUGAUACCCCUCCCAUCUCCUCUGUACCGCUUUCCUUUAAUUUUAAAGGACGUGAAGCGCAAAGAUUAGUCACGGCCACUGUGAUGCUGUGUACGCAGAGAUGCACAACAGAAUCUCUUGCCUUUUAGUAUGACAGGUCCUCCAGCUGCUGGAGUUAUUGGGAAGGGUCUCCUAGACAGCAACUACUCUUACGUUGUGCUUAAGUACAAUUACUCAUAUUCAUUUGCAAUGAAACAUAAGUCGAUUCUAACUGGUGUUCAUAUCAGAAUACGGCAAAGUAAAAUGGAAUGGCCACGAACUCCACUCUAUAUGAUGCGGAAUUAGUAAACACGAAACUCUUUAAUUGGCUCGACUUCAUACUGUUCGUAUUAAUGCUAAUGUUUUCUACAAUGAUUGGAGUGUACUUCGGCUUCUGGGGCAAGAAGGAAGAUACGCCAAAGGAGUACCUGCAUGGAGGGAAGACGAUGAGUACAAUUCCGGUAGCCGUGUCCCUUGUGGCCAGCUUCAUAUCUGGGAUCAUGCUCAUGGGAGCUCCAACAGAAAUCUACCUCUAUGGAACACUCUAUUGGCUAGUUUGCGUUGCCAUAGUAUUUGUAGCCUUAGCCACAAAUUACUUCUACCUGCCAGUAUUCUACGAAUUGCAGCUCACAUCUACCUACGAAUAUCUGCAACUGCGAUUUAACCGAAGUGUUCGAAUUAUGGCGUCCGUGUUGAGUACAAUUGGAUUACUCCUAUACAUCCCCAUUGUUGUGUACGUACCGUCUUUGGCCUUUAGUCAAGUUAGCGGCAUGAACGUACACAUCAUCACCCCAAUCACCUCCAUUCUUUGUAUCGUCUACACUACCCUGGGUGGAAUAAAAGCUGUCGUGUGGACAGACGUUCUGCAGGGGGUGGUGAUGGUGGUGGCGAGUGUUGUGGUCAUCAUUUUGGGCGUGAUUCAGGUCGGUGGCGUGGGGACGGUGUGGGAGAGGAGCAGAGAUGCUGGACGAAUACGCUUCUUUGAGAUGAGCGCGUCUCCUUUUGAAAGAUUAUCGUUCUGGAUUGUUGUGGUUGGUAACACAUUCAACUGGAUCGCGGCAGUUUCAAUGAAUCAAGCAAUGGUUCAAAAAUUACUAUCACUGCCUACGUAUGGAAAGGUACAAACAUCACUAAUCGUAUUUGUCAUCGAGUUAAUCACCGUAACAUCCAUCAGUUGUUUUACUGGUCUUCUGAUAUACGCCAAAUAUUAUGACUGCGAUCCUAUUACGUCUAAGGCUGUCUCCAGGCCAGACCAACUGCUGCCAUACUACGUGAUGGACAUUGCUACCUCGAUACCAGGCUUACCAGGACUCUUUAUAGCUGGCAUAUUCAGUGCGUCUUUAAGCACAAUGUCCAGCAGCCUCAAUGCGAUGGGUGCAGUUGUAUUCGAAGACCUCAUCCGACCUUGUUUAAGGAGUGAAAUUAAUGACAAGACAGCCAACAACAUCAUAAAAUUUGUAGUCGUCGUUAUUGGUGUUCUAUGUGUUCUCAUAGUAUUUGUCGUCGACAAACUUGGCUCUGUGUUACAGCUAACACUGAGCACAGCAGGUGUUACAAAUGGGGCCAUGGUGGGUCUCUUCUCAUUUGGCAUGUUCUACCCAAGAGGAAAUUCUAAAGGUGCUUUGGCCGGAAGUAUAUGUAGCAUGCUUCUCAUGGGAUGGAUAGUCUUUGGAACACAGAGAGAGCUGGCCGAAGGCAGGAUCAAGCAACCAGUAUUGCCAGUCUCAGUAGAAGGUUGCAGCUUCAACGUAACGUUGCCUGUAUCGCAAUUGAAUAAUAAUUCAGAUGAAGAAGUUUUCGUUCUAUACCGUGUCUCCUUUCUGUAUUACACUAUGAUGGGGAUGAUCAUCGUGUUUGUUGUUGGUACUGUCGUGAGCCUACUGACAGAAGCACCAGAUCGUGAACAAAUGGAUCCAGUACUCUUCACGCCACUUAUGAGGAAAUACGUCACUAAGAAGAAUAUGGAACCCGCAGAAGAGGAAUUAAUUAAUAAGAUUGUGUGAUGAAACAAAUGUAUUACUCUAAAUUAUUUACAAAUGUAUCGUGCAUCGUGUAUUUCCAGACAAUGAAUAAAUUAGUUCAUUUAA